GUGGACCCCGUGCCUCACGAUGCCCCCAAGCCACCCGGCUACACCCGCUUUGUCUGCGUAUCCGACACCCACUCCAGGACAGACCCCAUCCAGAUGCCGUACGGCGACGUGCUCAUCCACGCGGGCGACUUCACGGAGCUGGGCCUCCCGAGCGAGGUGAAGAAGUUCAACGAGUGGCUUGGCAGCCUGCCCUACGAGUACAAGGUCGUGAUCGCCGGCAACCACGAGCUGACCUUUGACCAGGAGUUCAUGGCCGACCUCAUCAAGCAGGACUUCUACUACUUCCCGUCCGUGUCGAAGCUGAAGCCGGAGAACUACGAGAACGUGCAGUCGCUGCUGACCAACUGCAUCUACCUGCAGGACUCGGAGGUCACCGUGCGGGGCUUCCGGGUCUACGGCUCCCCGUGGCAGCCCUGGUUUUACGGCUGGGGCUUCAACCUCCCGCGAGGACAGGCCCUGCUGGAGAAGUGGAACCUCAUUCCUGAAGGCGUGGACAUCCUCAUAACCCACGGACCCCCGCUGGGCUUCCUGGACUGGGUCCCCAAGAAGAUGCAGCGGGUGGGCUGCGUGGAGCUGCUCAACACGGUGCAGAGGCGCGUCCAGCCGCGGCUGCACGUCUUCGGCCACAUCCAUGAAGGGUACGGUGUCAUGGCGGACGGGACCACCACCUAUGUGAAUGCGUCCGUGUGCACCGUGAACUACCAGCCCGUGAACCCACCCAUCGUCAUCGACCUGCCCACGCCCCGGAACUCCUGACUGCCCCUGCUGUCGCGGCCCUCCCACCCGCCGCAGCUGCGUGUGCCUGGCUGAGAGCACGGACCCCCGCCGCCCCCUUCCAUGCAGACAACCCGUCUGGCCGCGGGGACCAGCCCCGCAGGUGCGUCGAGGCCUUGGAAUGCAGCACCUCACCCCUGACGCUCCAGCCUCUGUCACCUGGAGUAGGGACCCGUAGGUCUUGGGGGUUCUGUGUUCAUUGCUGUUUCCGCGUGGACAUUCCGUGUACCUCGGUGAAGGACCGACCAGCGGUGGCCUGUGGUGCUGGGGAAGGGCCUGCGCUUCAUCCUUCGCUGCCGGCCACCUUCGUGGGGGUGGGACGCUACCAUUCUGGAUGGACUGUGGAAGGUCUUGCACAAAGUCUCCCUCUAGCCAAGGGUCCGCGUGGCUGCCAGCCCCGGGGCUGGGUGGGUGGGAGGUUGUAUAGUCGGGACGAGCAGCCCUCCUCCGCUCCCAGGCUGCAGAGGAGGUGCCCUGCUGCACAGCGCCCGGGGAGUGUCUGCGACGUCUCAGGAAUGCGACUGCCCCAGAGGCUGGCACACCGCGGCCAGCGUGGCU